AUUUACACGACAAAGUAUUAUUUUACAAAUGUAAACAAAUGACCAUGGCUGGGAAUCUAGUUGACAGGAAAGGACUUGAAAAUCAAUUAAGACAAUGGGGUAUCGAUUUUGACACAUUUGAACACCCCGAGGUUUUUACAGUUGAGGCGGCAUUGCCGCACUUAAAAGACGUUGAAGGGAUGUUCGCAAAAAAUCUCUUCCUACGCGACAAAAAGAAGCGACUGUUUCUGUUCUGCGCCGCCCACGACGCCGACAUAAAGCUUAACGAUCUCGCGAAGCUCGUCGGAGCUUCCGGCGGUCUGCGUUUCGCCGACGAAAGUGUUCUACAGGACAAGCUUGGUUUGUCACAGGGUGCAGUAACAGUGUUUGGAAUUAUCAAUGACGUCAUUCAUGACGUCAAACUUGUUUUGGACUCCAGACUUGUCGAUGGCAGUUAUGCGCGUGUUCUGUUUCACCCAAUGGUGAACUCCGCAACACUUUCAUUAACUUCGACAGGGCUGCUGAAGUUUGUGGAAAAGACUGGAAAAACUCCGUUAGUUAUUAAUGUUAGUACAUAGUUCAAAUUAAUGUGACCAGUUAUAAAGAAAAAAUAAAGGAAAAACAGAUUAGA